AUGCCAAGAGUAAAAAAUAAAAAAGAUAAUAAAACAGUAUACAAUAAAACAAGUUCAAAAAAGAAAGUAAAUCUGUCUUCAUGUAUUAUCAAAUACUGUUUUGAUGAAGAAAAAUUGAAUAACUGUAAAGUAGCAAAACCAGCUGGAAUACAAAUUAUUACAGAAGUAUUUGGUCCUAUUACAGAAAACAAUAAAACAUUUUUUGUAGAACCAUUAUAUACAAGAAUAUUUCCACUUAGACUUUACCAAACAAAAACAAAUUUUGCUUCUUUUGAACAUAUUAUUCUACAUAAUAUUUCAAUUUAUAUUAAUUUUGUAAUUUUACAAAGUAAAAAUCAUACUCAAACUAUUGAAAUUCUAACAACUGAAAACAAAAACAGUAAAAUUACUUUAUUGAUCUUCCUACUCAAAAUUAAAAGCUUUAUACUACAACUUUGUGAUAAAGAUCUUGCUUGUAAAAAAUCUUCUAAUAUCUUGAUUAGUGAUUUAUUGGUUGAUAAAAAUCUUUGUAAAAAAUAUAAUCUUAACACAUUAAAUUCGGGAAUUUCUGAGUUUAUGGCAGAUGGUUAUAUUGAAAUGACAUGGAGUCCUCAUUUGAGAGAUGUAGAUUUUAACAGAAUAAUGAGUCAAAUAGGAUAUUGUUGUGAUAAUUCUGAUGUAAAUGUUGAUGGAUUUGAAGCAUCUGAACCAAAUGAUGAUGGUAGAUUAUAUUACAAAUCAAUAGAUGAAAGAUACACAUAUAUUCGAAUAACUGAUAUUGUAAAUAUACAAACAAACUCAACACAAACAGAAGUACUUACACCUGUUAUAUCAAAUAAACUAAAAUUAAAAUUUUACUUUCUUGAGAUUUGUGAUAAAGAAAUCGCAAAACAGAAUAACUCACCUAUAGGUGAUGUAUUUCUGAACAGAGAUUUGUGUAAUAUACAAUUUAGAGAAUAUUUUAAUUUUGUAAUAGAAUUUGAAUAUGAUAUUAAAUAUAAAGAAUGCCAAUAUGAACCACAUGAUUUUGUUUUUUGCUUAGAUUUAGAAAAAACAAAAGUUUGUCAACUUGAUAAUAAUGAUUUAAUAGUAGCUAAAAUAUUUAAUAUAGAAAACUAUGCUUUUGUAUUUGUAAUUGAUUAUUUUAAUUAG